CGAGUCUAGAAAUUUUGAAAUGACAUGACUGGCCGGCCGGUCGAACCGUCAGGUCCGAGGUUGGGUGGUCCGGGUGGAGUCUCUGAAACUACUACAUUAUUAACAACUUCAUUGCCAACGAAUCUCGUUUGCAACUGUUCCCCGCCCCUAUAAAAAACCAAUAUAUUUCCCCCAAAUUGAGAAAUCAAGAAAACGAUCAACAAUGGCGAGGGCCGCCUCGAGGCAAUUGAUACCCUCCACUUCUUCCACCGACACCGCCACCGCCACCGCCACCGCCACCGCCACCACUAUCACUACCCUAGAAACCACGUCUUCCUGCAAUCAACAACAACCACUGCCAAUUACGGAAACCCUAGUUUUGAAAUUGAAGCCGCCUAAGAAGAAGGUGUCGUGGAAGGAAGGCACAGUGGACAACGAGUUCAUGAACAAGAAGAGAUCCAAGAAAUGCUGCAUUUUCCACAAGGAAAAGCCAUUCGACGAGGACGAUUCGGAUGAGGAUGAUUAUCACAAACAUAGUCAUGAUGCUGGUGAUAGGAAUUGUUGCCAUGGCCAUGGGGAGGACACUACAGUGCAGUGAUAUUGAUAUUUUCGUUAUUUGAAAUCUGUAAGUAUAUUUGGAAAUAGUAAUGAUGACGGGAAGAUUAUGGCUAUUCUCUUUGAGCGUUCCUGUCUCCUUUUCAUUUUUGUGUCUUGGAAUAUGUUUGGAAUCUGGAAGGAUGAUAAUUGAACUUCGGAAUAUAGUAAAGAUAUAUUGAUUAUUUUU